AACAACAUCAAAUUGAGCUAUAUAUUGAAGAUAAUUUAAAACCGUUCAAAAUAUCACAAAAAUUGGCCAAUAAAUAUAAGUUUUCAACAACAAUAUUGGAUACGAAUCGUGUGUUAACUAUUCAACAACCUUUAGAACAAUAUGAUAUUAAAACUAAUACAACAUAUUAUAACGAACGUAAAUUAUUUCAUCUUUUAGAUAAUAUAAAUGAAUAUGAUUUUGCACAUAAAUAUAGUAUUUUUAAUUAUCAAUUUAUGCAUAGUUAUUUUAAUUGUUUUACUACAAAACAGUUAUUUUUACGUUUUUUAUUUUAUAUUACAGCAUGUUUAGAUCAAAAUGUUUCAGAAAUACGUUAUCUAUUGUCUAUUUAUGAAAUGUUAAAUGAUCUACUAGAUAAAAAUCCGGAUAAUUAUUCAAUUGAAAUUGUUUCACGUUUACUGCCAAUGUUGAAUAAUCAAAAUGCACAACAAAUAACGCAAUUAUUAAAACAAUGUGACGAACAUAGUUUAAAACAUUCUGCAUUAAUAUCACCAUAUUAUCAAUCACAAUUACAUUCACCAUGGAAUAAUUAUUUAUCAAAAUUAAGUAUAAACAAAUAUAUUUAUACAAUAACUUCAGAUGAUGAUAAUCUUUAUUUAGUUUCAAAUGAACAAAUUAUUUCUAUCAAUAUAGGACUUUAUGAAUUAAAACAAAAAUAUGAAAUAUCAUAUGAAAAAACGUCUGAUAAUACAUCCCCUACAGCAAUGUUCCGUUCAUCAUAU